AUGUACUCAGUAUUUGUUGUGGGUAAACCCCUGAGCUGGGAGCUGGGGAUACAGAGACAAAACAUCGCUGCCCUCGAGGAGCUUCCAUCCUAUUGGGGGGCAGCGGGGAGCAAUGGGACCCACACAGCAUCUGCACAUAUCAGGAUAAUCUCUCAGAGAGAGGAUCCCAGCAACAGCAUAAAGUUUUCCUACCAGGAAAUCCCAAGCUUCAGUGAAGAUGAUGCCAAGAAAAUUGAGCUUUCAUUCUUGCAAGUCCUACUGAUUGAAGUGACUGCCUUUCUACUUCAGGCUGCCCUCCUCUUAGUCCUUUACAUUUUACUCAGCAGACAAAUUGCCAACUGCAGUCACAUGGUGAAAGCGGCAAGCACCCUGGCCCAGGAGAUGAAGAAGCCAAAAAAUAAUCCUGAGUCACCUGCCUCAGAAAAGACAAGGUGUAAGAGGAGUGCUCCAGGUUCCCAGUCUUAUAGGGAUGAUAGCCACAAUGGCAGUGAUUCUUCUUCAGAGAGCUCUGACAGUUCAGAAAGAUAUCCCUCAACUUCCACCAGCAAGGCAGCCAAAGAUGUGAAUUACAGCACCCUGGUCUUUCCAGCCGCUGAUUGCCGAAGGACUUUGUCUCCUAAGAACUAUGAGAACACAAAGGCAGCUGGUGAUUAUGUCAAUGUGGACCCCAAGAAAUGUAAAAAUACCAACUGGAAUUUCAAUUGUUCCUCCUCUGAGCCAGUGGAAUACACAGAAGUGGCCAUGUGA